AUGUACAGUGUUAACUACAGUAACAAAGGGGAAUGUGUAAAUAUUUCAGCUCAAUCAGACAGUUCAGAAGAUAAGACACCAGAUACGGAUUUUAUCAAAAACAUUAUCAAAAAUCUGACUGAAGAGGGAGAUGAGUUCAAGAAGAAGCUGACUACCUUUGGAUGGGUGUAUUUCAGCCUCAGUUUCUAUUACAUUUCUUCUAUUAAGAAAUCCUGGGAAGAGAGUAGAAAUGACCUGGUGAUUAUCAACAGUAAAGAAGAACAGGUGUGUAUGAGAGUGAAAUCUGUUGAUGUUGGGUUGAGGUUUACUUUGGCUAUGUGCUCCUUUGGUUGUGUUUGGUGCGUAAAAACAUUUUUGUUGUUUGGUUUCAGCUACUGGAACGCUGGGGAGCCCAACAGCUAUAUGGGCAAAAAUGAAGACUGUGGAGAAAUACGUUUCUCUAAAGAGGAUAACAGCUGGAAUGAUACACCGUGUGAAAACUCAAACUUCUGGAUCUGUGAGAAGGUGGUGGUUCUAUAACUCAGUAUCCAAACCCACCAGACUGGUUAUCGGUAACCUGCAGGGAAGGUGGUUCAUUGUCAUGCAUAGACACAAAUACAUAUGGGCAUACAAACAGACAAGCUGGUGUGUAAACCUAGAUAUGACUUUUUGACAAGAAGUCUUUGAACUAACGGUAUAUGUUCAAAGUAACAGUGUUUGGCCUUUCUAGUUAUUUUAUAUUCUAGCAUUCAUCUACAUACCUAAUUGUUAUUUGUUUAAUCAUUUAAUGUUCCUCUGAUCCUUUAAUAGCUUCGAUGGUUUUGAAUAACAUGCGGCAUAAGAGAAACAGGUACUGCAUCAGCAGGUUUUUAAUGUAUAUGCAAGUGUCUCUUUUGUAAAUAUGAUUGCUGUACUGACUGUUUUGUGUUCAAUACCACACAAAUUGUUAUGAAUAAAUUGGAUCCAUUUUAUGAAAAGGUCAGAACUUUAUUUUAU